AUGAGCGACACAAACGGCGCCACCAGGCCCUUCCGCAUCGCCAUCGUGGGCGGCGCCAUAGGCGGGCUCACAACGGCGCUCUUCCUAGACCACUUCUGCCGCCGGACCCCUCCAGGGCAGGAUGGCAGACCGUUACCGGCCGCCAUCGCCAUCGACGUGUACGAGCAGGCGAGCGAGUACAGGGAGAUCGGCGCGGGCGUCGGCCUUGGCAUCAACGCGGCCAAGCUGAUGCACCAUAUCCCCGGCGUCGGAGCCGCCAUGAACGAGAUCCAGGGCCGGACCGGCACCUCGUGGUUCACGUUCGUGCGGUGGGACAGCGGCGAGUGGAUCACCCACAUCGACAGCCCCAUCUCUGACGAGGACGUGGUGAGGCCGUCGAGCAUGGCGCGCAGUGAGUUUUUGGACGUGCUGCUGGGGUUUAUCCAGGAGAGGGGCGACCUCGCCGAGCAAGGCGUGGAGCUCUCGUUCAAAGACGGCACCACAGCCCAGGCAGAUCUCCUAAUCGGCUCGGACGGUAUCCACUCCGAGGUCAGGAAGCAGUUCAUAACCGGAAAGGCCCUGUACAGCGGCAAGAUAGCUUACAGGGGCGUGGUCCCGAUAGACAAGCUCCCAAAGGAGACGUGGCCCGGGCGGUCCUGGUCGGUGAUAUGGUCGGCGAGGCACAAACACUUCCUGGUCUUCCCCAUCAGCCAGACCCGGUCUCUCAACAUCGUCGCCUUCAUCUCCAAGCGUGAGGACGAGAUCCCGGACCUACGUGAGAGCUGGACCAGCACAUGCGACAGGAGGGAGCUGGAGGAGGACUUCGCUGACUGUGAGGAGACGGUCCAGAAGAUCAUCCAGCUAAUGCCCGAGCGUCCGUCAAAGUGGCGCAUCAAUGACCAUGAGCCUGUGCCGCAGUGGGUGUUCCUGGACGGCAAAGUUACACUUCUUGGAGAUGCUUGCCAUGCUACUACGCCGCAUCAGGGUGCCGGUGCCGGCCAGGCCGUUGAGGAUGGGUAUAUCCUGUCGAAGGCACUGUCGGACUGGCUUUCCCAGGGAAGGCAAGGGUCGUUGAAGGAUUGGAUGGAGCUGUACCAGCGAAUCCGACUGCCUCGUGCUCAGAAGGUAGUGACCACAAGCCGCCAGGCUGGUGCGUUGUAUGAGUUCGAGUCGCCAGAUCUGGUCGACUUGCCAUACGAAGAAGCGAUGCCGAUCGUCGCAGAGAGGCUCCAGGAAAGGCUGAAAUGGCUGUGGCUGGAGGAUCUCGACGCCGUCUAUGAGAAAGAGCGACAAGAAGCGGGACUUUAA